AAAAAAAAAAAAAAAAAAAAGUCAAACGGGAGGCGAGUCAAGGGCGCGUGCUUGUAUGGGGUACGGCCUUAUCGCCGCGGAUACCAAUCCGAGGGAAAACAGGAAAGUGCCGCCAGGCUGUCGUCAAGACGUCAAGAAAAGGCAUGGCGGGAUAGCCUUAAGAUUCUGUCGCCUAAGUAUUCGACCAAGCGGACGCCCCGACGCGUCCACUCCCUGCAGCCCGUGGCCAAUGCUGAUGCUACUAAGUCCAUUCGGCAACGUGUAGCGCUUAUUUAGGCCUCAAUGCCGUAUGCUUACUUACUGGGCGAUGGGAUCCACUUCCGUAUCUAUGGAAACACCGUCUCGACCUCAGCAUCUCAGCUCAUUGCAUGGAGGCGAUUUUGAGCAUCGGAAGGGAUCCAUACGGGAGGGAUGACGCGUUCUGGCACGGACAGCAUUGUGUUGCACCAAAUGGCGAGACUAUCAUGCACGAGAAGCGCGUCAAUCGGUCCAGAGGGUGGUGUCCCAUGGUACCAGAUAGACCCUCGCUGUUACGCAAAGAGCCUAGUCCGCCUGUAGCAUUGUCUGUGUUGUACGUAUGAGUGGGAUGCCGCUCGUAGAGAUGCGGAGAUCC